GUAUGGGCGUGGAUGAUAUGCCUUAGAAAAUUACCCGACAAAAUGGAUCCUUGUUGACUAAGCUGCAAUUUCUUCACCCUUGGAACCCUUUUUCUUCACAGAGGUAGGUACUACUCCCGCAGUUACAAGCACUCGAAUUGAAGUACUCUCUCGGGAUCUCGCGGGAUUCAAUUGGCCAGAAAAUCCAAACGAAAACCCUCACUCACCUCAGCAGUCCGUCGAAUCACGAUUUCGCCUGAAUCUCUAGGGUUUCAUCACUCCGAUCGCAGGCUGUCUCUCUCUCAUCCGCUAAAAUGCCUCUAAGCCUGAAAAUAAAGAGAAAACUUGCUCAGAGGUCAGAGAGAGUCAAGUCUGUUGACCUUCAUCCCUCAGAGCCAUGGAUUCUGGCAAGUUUAUAUUCUGGGACCGUAGGCAUCUGGAACUACCAGUCUCAGACUAUGGUGAAGUCGUUUGAAGUGACUGAGUUACCAGUUAGAUCUGCAAAGUUCAUUGCACGGAAGCAGUGGGUUGUUGCUGGUGCUGAUGACAUGUUUAUUCGUGUUUACAACUACAAUACAAUGGAUAAGGUCAAAGUAUUUGAGGCACACACGGAUUAUAUUAGGUGUGUGGCUGUUCAUCCUACUCUUCCGUAUGUCCUGUCGUCAUCUGAUGACAUGCUUAUAAAGCUUUGGGAUUGGGAUAAGGGCUGGGUGUGUACUCAAAUUUUUGAGGGACAUUCCCAUUAUGUUAUGCAAGUGACGUUUAAUCCAAAAGACACCAACACAUUCGCUAGUGCAUCUCUUGAUCGCACAAUAAAGAUUUGGAAUCUCGGCUCCCCCGACCCAAAUUUUACAUUGGAUGCUCAUUUGAAAGGUGUAAAUUGUGUUGACUACUUCACAGGUGGUGAUAAGCCAUAUCUGAUAACUGGUUCUGAUGAUCAUACGGCAAAGGUAUGGGACUAUCAAACGAAAAGUUGUGUCCAGACACUAGAAGGCCACACUCACAAUGUUUCAGCUGUUUGUUUUCAUCCUGAACUUCCCAUUAUAAUGACGGGUUCUGAGGACGGCACAAUUCGUAUAUGGCAUGCUACCACAUAUCGCCUCGAGAACACGCUGAAUUAUGGUCUUGAAAGAGUUUGGGCUAUUGGAUGCAUGAAAGGUUCUCGCCGGGUUGUAAUUGGUUACGAUGAAGGUACCAUUAUGGUUAAAAUUGGUCGAGAAGAACCUGUGGCAAGUAUGGAUAAUAGUGGAAAGAUCAUAUGGGCCAAACAUAAUGAAAUUCAGACUGUUAACAUUAAGAGUGUUGGAGUAGAUUAUGAGGUUACUGAUGGAGAAAGAUUACCUUUGGCAGUGAAAGAGUUGGGGACCUGUGAUCUUUAUCCACAAAGCUUGAAGCACAAUCCGAAUGGGAGGUUUGUCGUUUGCUGUGGAGAUGGUGAAUACAUCAUAUAUACAGCUUUGGCAUGGAGAAAUAGAUCAUUUGGUUCAGCAUUGGAAUUCGUUUGGUCGUCGGAUGGUGAAUAUGCUGUUCGAGAAAGUACGUCAAAGAUCAAAUUAUUUAGCAAAACUUUUCAGGAAAAGAAGAAUAUCCGGCCGACAUUUUCUGCAGAGCGUUUAUAUGGGGGAACUCUUUUGGCUAUGUGUUCAAAUGACUUUAUUUGUUUUUAUGAUUGGGGUGAGUGCAGAUUGAUUAGACGGAUUGAUGUUAAUGUCAAAAACCUCUACUGGGCUGAUAGUGGUGAUUUAGUGGCCAUUGCUAGUGAUACAUCAUUCUACAUCCUGAAGUACAAUCGUGAUGUAGUUUCUGCACAUUUAGAUAGUGGGAGACCAGUGGAUGAACAAGGUGUGGAAGAUGCCUUUGAGCUUCUUUAUGAAAUAAAUGAACGAGUCAGGACUGGAUUGUGGGUUGGCGAUUGUUUUAUUUACAGCAAUACUUCCUGGCGACUCAAUUACUGUGUUGGGGGCGAGGUAACCACAAUGUUUCAUUUGGACCGGCCUAUGUACUUGUUGGGGUAUUUAGCCAAUCAAAGUAGGGUGUAUCUGAUUGACAAAGAGUUCAAUGUUAUGGGAUACACCUUACUUCUUACUUUGAUUGAGUACAAGACUCUUGUGAUGCGUGGUGACCUGGAACGAGCCAAUGAGAUUUUGCCUUCGAUUCCUAAAGAGCACCAUAAUAGUGUUGCUCGUUUCUUGGAAUCACGGGGAAUGGUAGAGGAUGCGAUGGAAGUAGCUACAGACCCUGACUACAGAUUUGACCUAGCCAUACAGCUGGGCAAACUGGAAGUUGCACAGGAAAUUGCCACAGGAGCUCAGAGUGAAUCCAAAUGGAAGCAGUUGGGUGAAUUAGCCAUGUCCAAGGGAAUGUUAGAGCUGGCAGAGGCAUGUCUAAAGAAUGCAAUGGACCUGAGUGGUUUGCUGCUGCUCUACUCUUCUUUAGGAGAUGCAGAGGGGCUAUUAGAGCUUGCAUCUCUUGCUACAGAGAAUGGGAAAAACAAUGUUGCCUUCCUUUGUCUAUUUAUGUUGGGUAAAUUGGAAGAGUGCAUACAGUUGUUGAUUGACAGCAAUCGGAUACCUGAGGCUGCUUUGAUGGCACGAUCUUAUCUUCCAAGCAAGGUUUCAGAGAUCGUUGCAAUAUGGAGAAAAGACCUGAAUAAGGUUAAUCCGAAAGCUGCAGAGUCUUUGGCUGAUCCCGAGGAGUAUCCUAACUUGUUUGAGGACUGGCAAGUUGCUCUUGCUGUUGAAUCAAAAGCUGCAGAGACAAGGGGUUUUUAUCCUUCGGCAGCGGAGUAUGUAAACUCUGUCGACCGAUCACAUAUUACCCUCUUGGAGGCGUUUCAAAAUUUGCAAACAGAUGAAGAUGCACCACUUGAGAAUGGGGACCUGAAUCAUGAGGCCGAGGAAGAAAAUGGAGAAGAGGAGCAAGAAGAGGUGCACGAAGAAGGUCAAGAAGAGGAACAAGAUGAAGGUCAAGAAGAGGCUGUUGAGGUGGAUGCUGACUCGACCAAUGGGGCAGUACUUGUUAACGGAAACGAGGCUGACGAACAGUGGGGUACGAAUAAUGAGGGACAUCCAUCAGCCUAGAGCAAUUGGUUGGGGCAGUGUAGAAAUCCUGAUUUGUUACGGUGCUUACACCACAUCGCGAGGGCCAGUGAAAAUAGUUGGUCCCAGCUGUAUCAAUCCCUUUUCUUACGGUUUUCUUUAGGUUUGCUUGAGAGAGAUGAAUGUGGGACCAAUUGAGUCUGUGAUGCAGUGGUGUGAUUUUUGUAGCCAUGGAAUUUUGUGAUGGGCACAUAUUGUAGACAGCUUUCUGUGUUUUAGUUAAAUUCAUUUAGGUGCUCCUAGUUAUUUAGAGUACUCUUGAUGUCAAUUUUCUUCCAAGUAUUUUACUUUCCAUUUCGAAUGUAGAAUGUGUUAUACGAGAGGUGUCGAUGACAUGACUACUUCAUCUAAGAAGUUGAUUGGCUUGCGCAAA